GCGGGAGGAUGUCGGAGGAUCACGAGAUGGACAAGAUGAUCAAGGAAACCUCCAUUUUAGAGGAGUACAACAUUAACUGGACUCAGAAGCUGGGAGCUGGGAUCAGUGGUCCUGUUAGAUCAUCACGUGAGGCCAAAGCAGAUAGUGCCGUCAGCUCCGCAUCUCAAACCAGACUUGCCCAUCAUGAAUUUCUAACCCCUGCAGGAACUGGAUGCUUUCUGUAAAGCAAAACAUAUGUUCCCUUUUCAACAAGCACUUUCCCUCUUGGGAGCAGGAAUUUGUGCACAAGUGCCGGAAAACAAAUGUCUGCGCCUCUCUGUUGCUGGGCGUUUGACAGGGCGAUUGUCUUUUUGCCACCAUUUAUCUUCCUGCCCAGGCAACUGGCUUUCUCAUCCGUUUUGUGUUGCUGUGUUGCCUCUGAUCUUUAUUAAAAUAUCCCUUUGUGCUUUAUUCUUUUAGCUGCCCGUUAAUAUGUGGGCCCUUCCCCUCUGACGCAGUUCAAUUGUUUAUGUUAAAUGGGGGAAAGAGAGAAAAAAAAAACAAACCCGUGUGCGGCACAGUCGGUGGCCUUGCCAAAACAAGGAUUUCCAUUCACAAACACUUUAUUUAUUGCAGACUACACCCUCCGUUGGAGAUGUUCAGGCUGCCACUGUGUGGUUUGGGUUUUUUCAUCCAAAGCAUCUCUUCAGGCUGAAUGUGUAGACUGCCUUCUGCUUGUCUGCAGUGACCCAGUGCUCUAAAGUACUUUUUCUGCAUUGCUGAAAAUAUGUGGUUUUACGUGAGGUGUUUCUGCAUAACCUGUGUGAUUGUUGUGGAAGGCUGAAAACGGAGGCUUUACGGGUGCCCUGUAUAUUCCAGAUUGUGGGCAUUCCUCUUAAUUCCAUGUGGAGAGCAAACUCAUAACUACAGAUCAGUUGCUUGAAGUGUCUCUUUAACGUUCUUGCUGACUGAAUAAUUUUGUUGCUGUAAUACCAGAGUCUGCGUGAAAAAAUCCUCUCAAGAACGCUUUGCACUGAAAAUUCUUCUUGAUCGUCCAAAAGCUAGAAAUGAGGUACGUCUGCACAUGAUGUGUGCAACACAUCCAAACAUUGUUCAAAUUAUUGAAGUUUAUGCUAACAGUGUGCAGUUCCCACAUGAAUCCAGCCCAAGGGCUCGGCUCCUAAUUGUAAUGGAGAUGAUGGAAGGGGGAGAGCUAUUUCACAGAAUCAGCCAGCACCGGCACUUUACUGAGAAGCAAGCAAGCCAAGUAACAAAGCAGAUAGCUUUGGCUUUGCAGCAUUGCCACUCACUAAACAUUGCACAUAGAGACCUCAAGCCUGAGAAUCUCCUCUUCAAGGAUAACUCUCUGGAUGCACCUGUUAAAUUGUGUGACUUUGGAUUUGCCAAAGUAGACCAAGGUGACUUGAUGACACCACAGUUCACUCCGUAUUACGUAGCACCUCAGGUAUUGGAGGCACAAAGACGGCAUCAGAAAGAAAAGUCUGGUAUUAUCCCCACCUCUCCAACACCUUACACUUAUAACAAGAGCUGUGACUUGUGGUCCCUGGGUGUCAUUAUUUACGUGAUGCUGUGUGGAUACCCUCCGUUUUACUCCAAACACCACAGUCGGACAAUUCCAAAGGACAUGCGGAAAAAGAUCAUGACAGGAAGUUUUGAAUUUCCAGAGGAAGAGUGGAGCCAGAUCUCAGAAAUGGCGAAAGACAUUGUGCGAAAGCUGCUGAAGGUCAAGCCUGAGGAACGACUGACCAUUGAAGGUGUGCUGGACCAUCCCUGGCUCAACUCCACCGAGGCGCUUGAUAACAUCCUACCCUCUGCCCAGCUGAUGAUGGACAAGGCAAUGGUUGCAGGGAUACAACAGGCUCAUGCAGAACAGCUUGCGAACAUGAGAAUCCAAGACCUCAAAGUCAGUCUCAAACCCCUUCACUCCGUCAACAACCCAAUCCUGCGCAAAAGGAAAUUACUGGGCACUAAGCCAAAGGAUGGCGUUUACAUCCAUGACCCUGAGAAUGGAAGUAACGAUUCCAACGUGGCUCUGGAAAAGCUGAGAGAUGUGAUUGCUCAGUGCAUUCUACCACAGGCUGGUAAAGGAGAGAACGAAGAUGAGAAGCUGAAUGAAGUGAUGCAGGAGGCGUGGAAGUAUAAUCGAGAGUGUAAGUUGCUGCGAGACACUCUUCAGAGCUUCAGCUGGAACGGCAGAGGAUUCACAGAUAAAGUGGAUCGACUAAAACUGGCAGAAAUAGUAAAACAAGUUAUCGAAGAGCAGACAAACUCCCAUGACUCUCAAUAGCUGGAGCUUCUUAAUCUUAUUUUUUUUACCAUUUAAGAUUUAUUCUUUAACUGUAAAAAGUAUUUUUAUGUAAAUUAAUAAAUCAUAAUUAUUUC